AAAAAAGGCUCGAGCGGUCAGAAGCCGCUUCAGUGUGUCUGCUCUCUGUCUGUGUCCGCCGCUCCGCAACAAACCUGCUGCUGCUGCUGCUUCUCUUUUUAACCGACUUUUAAUCGGUUAACGUGUCUUUUAUUCGUGUGUCCGCGUGAAGGGAGGAAAUCAAAAUGCUUUCUGCUCGCUCUCCUCUUUCCGUCAAGGAUGAAAACGGCGUCAUCAGUCAGGUCAACAACAUGUCGCUGGACAAAGAAAACACGCCUCCGAGUCUGAACACGACCCGGAUCUUGGCGUCUAAAACCGCGCGGAAAAUCUUCGACGACGCUGCGCCCAAAGCAGUGAAGAAGAGCAGCAGCAGGGAGAAAGAGGAGGAGCCUCUGCUGAAGGAAAACCCUCGUCGCUUCGUCAUCUUCCCCAUCCAGUACCACGACAUCUGGCAGAUGUACAAGAAGGCUGAGGCGUCUUUCUGGACCGCUGAGGAGGUGGAUCUGUCGAAGGACCUGCUGCACUGGGAGUCUCUGAAGGACGAGGAGAGGUACUUCAUCUCUCACGUGUUGGCUUUCUUUGCCGCCAGCGACGGCAUCGUCAACGAGAAUCUGGUGGAGCGCUUCACACAGGAAGUGCAGGUGACGGAGGCCAGGUGUUUCUAUGGUUUCCAGAUCGCCAUGGAGAACAUCCACUCAGAGAUGUACAGCCUCCUCAUCAACACCUACAUCAAGGAGCCCAAAGAGAGAGAAUACCUGUUCAACGCCAUCGAGACUCUGCCGUGUGUGAAGAAGAAGGCUGACUGGGCGAUCAACUGGAUCGGCAACAAGAGCGCCAAAUAUGGUGAGCGUGUGGUGGCCUUCGCCGCCGUGGAGGGAAUCUUCUUCUCUGGUUCCUUUGCUGCGAUCUUCUGGCUGAAGAAGAGAGGCCUGAUGCCCGGCCUGACCUUCUCCAACGAGCUCAUCAGCAGAGACGAGGGUCUGCACUGUGACUUCGCCUGUCUGAUGUUCAAACACCUGGUGAACAAACCGUCGGCAGAAACCGUCACCAAGAUCAUCAAGAACGCCGUGGAGAUCGAGCAGGAGUUCCUGACGGACGCUCUGCCGGUGAAGCUGAUCGGGAUGAACUGUGACCUGAUGAAGCAGUACAUCGAGUUUGUAGCCGACAGACUGAUGCUGGAGCUUGGCUUCACAAAGAUCUACCGGGCGGAGAACCCCUUCGACUUCAUGGAGAACAUCUCUCUGGAGGGAAAGACCAACUUCUUUGAGAAGCGUGUGGGCGAGUACCAGAGGAUGGGCGUGAUGUCCGGCACCACAGACAACACCUUCAGGCUGGACGCCGACUUCUGAGGACAGAGGUGGAGACACUCAGUCACACAUUCCAGAAGCUUCUCACUGAGUCUCUGCAGAAGGAAACACUCAAUCCACAGAACUACAUGUACAGACAUUUUUAUCUCAGGAUGAUGGCAGAUCAGCUGACUGGUGGUUUACAUGACAGAUGAGCUGUUCAGCCAAUCGGAGCACUGCAGCAGGGAUCAGUCCUCUGACCGGGGUCAUUAUCUGCUGAGAGUAAAUUAUAAACUGAGGUGAAGUCAGCAGUGACCUGGUGGAGGUUGGAUCAGAACCCUGGUUUUAUAGUUUGUUUUAAUAAUAUCUGCUUUAUGAUGUUUUUAUGGACCUAAUGUUUUAGUUUAUUUGUACAGUUUAGCUUUUUGUAUUAAAAGUCAAAACUUCAUGUGAAAGCCUCAAA